UUCCUUACAGUUUAACAAAACAAUGGUAGUCAAGGAUUCUUCAAAACUGGCCAUAAAUGUUUCAGCUGUUGUAAAAGAAAUUGAGCACUUUGAAAACUUAUUGUUGCUGUUAUCCUUCCCGGAAGAACUCAACACUACAUUACCUGGCAACAUGGAAAAAGCUUACAAUAAAAUGAUAAAAGCACUGUCAAAAAAGCUGAAAGAAAUGCAAAACAUCUUGAGUGCAAAUGGACCUUUCCCAGGAUAUGAUCUUAUUGAUGAUAUUUUGAACUUAGGGUACAGUUCCCUUCCAUUUUCAAUCAAGCAAAGUCUAUUUUUACAAUCUAGCUCUCUAAAGAGAACUCAGAUUGUUUUAGAAUUUCUUGUUUCCCAGAUUCAAGCAAUUGAUGACGUUUCUAAUAUCCUGGAUUAUAUAGAGGCAUCUGCAAAAUUAUUCAAGUGGUUCCAGUUAAUAGAAAGAUCUCCAGAAGUGACGGAUGUUGUUUUAAGCUUGCUACUUGAUGUUCUUAAAGACCCACAAAAGCUUAAAAUGUUGCAAAACAUAGAAACUGUGGAUAGCAUUUGUCAGAAUACAACAAGUUUCCAGAUUUUGGUUCCAACAUCAAUCUUAAAUAAAGGAACUAAUAUCACUGCCUUACAAGUAAUAUUCUGUGACCUAAUGUUGGAUGUUAGGAAUGAAACCAAAUUAACUUAUUUGUUUGAAAUGUUGGAAGGUCUGCCUCAGCUUAUAAAACAGUUUCAAGAUGCUGAAAAUAUUAAACCUGAUACUUUUUUGCCUGGCAAGUUUUAUAUUGAAGUAGUACAAACCAGCAUGCAACUUCAAAAAGUAUUGACAUCACUUAUUCAUCAAGACAUUUCUUCCAAGUUUGACAUGUCCCUUUUAAACAGAAUUAAAACUGAAUAUCUACAAACCUUACAAUUGUUUACUUUACAAUGGGAUCAUAUCAGUGGUGACUAUGACGUAGAAAGUAUUCUGAACAUUCUUAUUCAAAUAAAUGAAAGCAUGAAUUUUAUUCCUGAAAACUUAUUGUCAUCUGCAACCAAUUUUUCAAAAGAACUAGACAUUAACACUCUGAUGCAAUACUAUACUGUCAAAUUUGUUAAUAUUCAUCUGAAGAAAAUUAAAGGAACAGACACAUUGAUCCUUCUGGACUAUCUCAAGUCAAAUGAGUUGGAAAAACUAUUUGGUUUCGUAGAAAUGGCACCUGAUUUCUUCAAAAUCUUUUUACACGGAAUGUAUCGUUUGAUUCAACGUCCAGAUGAAGUACAACAUAUACUACCACAUAUCACUUGGGAUAAACUUUGUGCUAAUAUGUCUAUAUUUGAACAUAUAUUUGACACCGAAUAUCUACGGAUGAACACCACACAUAUACAUAGCAUCGUGUGUAACAAGGUUCUGUCAGAGACCAAUUUUACCAUUUUGGAACAGGAUUUAAGCCAGAACGUUGAAGGCUUUAGUACCUACAUUUAUAACAUGUAUGUUCUCCUGACAACUGAUCCAGAAAAUAUUCAUAGAACUGUCAGUUACUUUGAAAUUGUUAAAGAAAUGUUCCAGUUCCAAAAUUUAAUGGAUUCUUUAACAAAAAAUCCCCCACAAUUCUUCAUAAGUUCAAACAACAACUGGUUGGAUUCCAAAGCUUAUGGAAAUACAUUUGAAAUAUUACAAAAAAAGCUAAAAGAACUUGAACAAGAGUUAAUGGUAUCAAGUACUAAACUGGAGAUAAAUAUAAUGAAAAUUAUUGAAAUGAUUGGUGACAUGACUGGAUUAGAAAUGCAAAAUACCAAUAUUCUUGUGGAACAAAAAUUCAUUGAGUUUAUCAAUGCAAAUCUAGAAGUUAUUUCUGCAUCUGGUUCAUUCAAUAUGUUUGAGUAUAUAAAUUCUACAGAACUCAGGAAGCUUCUUGGGCAGGUUGAAAUUACACCAGAAAUUUCUUCAUUGUUUGCUGCAACUGCUUUAGACAUGUUUAUAAAUCCUGAGAGGUUUCUACCAUUUAUUGAAGAUGAGACUCUAUGGGAAAAGAUGUGUUACAAUAUGACUCUUUUCCAAAAACUGUUCCCAUACUUUAAAGAUAAAAGCACUAUACAAACAGCAUGUGACCUGAUAGGACCAGUUAACUUUGAAAACCUCUUACAAGAAUUAGAGGAGACACUUCCUGGUUUCAGCAGUCUUUGGGAAAUGUUUAAACUUUUUGAAAAUGGUACAUUGAGUGAAAAACUUUCAGUAAACUACACAGCAUAUGAGAUGUCUAGAAAGAAACUGGAAUCAUUAAUUGGUUAUUUGGUGAUGCAGCCUCCAAAAUUCAUAUGGAAUGAUAACACAAAUUUGACAUUGGAUUCCUUUAACAAAUAUUUUAUCAACAUAACAGGAGAAGACUUACUUGCGAAACUUGCCAAUCCUCAGGUAAUGGGUAGUUAUGUAAUGCAAUUCUUUGCUAUACUGAGUAAAUCAAUGGGACUUCCAUCACAAAUGGACAUGCAAGUCUAUAUAGAACAGAAGGUUAUGGAAUUUUUAAUUGCCAAUCUAAAUCCUAUUGUAGAAACAAAUACAUUCAACGUGUCUCAAUACAUACAAUCAGUAGAAUUAAAGAAUCUUUUUGUAUUGGUUCAAAUUUCACCAGAUACUGCAUCAGCAUUGUUUGAGUCUGGUCUGAACAUACUUAUCAACCCGCAAAGACUUCUACCAUUUAUUCAUGAUGAAACUUUAUGGGAAAAUAUAUGUUACAAUUCAACUGUUUUCAAAAACCUAUUCCCAUACUUUAAAGAUAACAGCAGUAUACAAUCUGCAUGUCAAGUGAUAACAGCAAUUGAUUUUAAAAAACUCUUACAACAAGUAAAUGAAACAAUUCCUGGUUUCAGCAGUCUUUUGGAAAUGUAUAUGCAGCUAGCAACUUACUCAUAUGGUCAACAGCUAUCAGUAAACUACACAACAUAUGCAAAUACUCAAGUGAAAUUACAGGUUUUGAUUUCUGAAUUGGUCAUGAAUCCUCCCAAAUUUGUAUGGGGAGUUAAUCAUAACUUCUCAAUAGAUUUAUUUACUGAAAUGCUCACCAACAACACACAGGAUUUACUGCAAAAACUUGCCAAUCCUCAGAUAAUCAAUGGUUAUGUAAUGCAAUUCUUGGCUACAUUGAAUAUAACAGGAAUUCCAGAUCAAAAUAUGAAAGUCUAUAUAGAACAGAAGGUUUUGGAAUUUUUAAUUCCCAAUCUAAAACGUAUUGUAGGAUUAGAUACAUUCAAUAUGUAUCAAUACAUACAGUUUCCAGAAUUAAGGAAAUUGCUUGGACUGGUAGAAAUUACACCUGAAGUUGCUUCAAAAUUGGUUGCAUCUGCUAUAGACAUAUUUACCAAUCCAGAAAGAAUUCUACCAUUUAUUGAAGAUGAAACUUUAUGGGUAAAGAUAUGUGAGAAUGCAACUCUUUUCCAAAAGUUGUUCCCAUCCAUCAAUGAUCCAAGGAAUAUACAAUCUGCAUGUCAAAUGAUAGCAGCAACUGAUUAUGCAAAACUCUUACAACAAGUAAAUAAAACACUUCCUGGCUUCAGCAGUCUUAUGGAAAUGUAUAUGCAGCUAGCAAAUUACUCAUAUGGCCAACAGAUACCAGUGGACUACACAGCAUAUGCAAAUUCUCAAAUGGAAUUACAGGUUUUGAUUUCUGAAUUGGUCAUGAAACCUCCCAAAUUUGUAUUGGGAGUUAAUAGUAACAUCUCAAUAGAUUUAUUUACUGAAAUGCUCACCAACAUCACAGAAAAAGAUUUACUGCAGAAAGUUGCCAAUCCCCAGUUGAUAAAUGCUUAUGUGAUGCUGUUCUUUGCUACUUUGAGUAAAUCAACAGUACUUCCAAUUCAAAAUAUGCAAAUCUAUGCACAGAAGAAGAUUUGGGACUUUGCAAAUGCCAAUCUGAAACAUAUUACAGCAUCAGAUACUUUCAACAUGUUUGAAUAUAUUAAGUCUUCAGGAUUACAGAAUUUUUUUGAAAUUAAACCAGAUAUGGCUCCACAGUUAAUUACUGCUACUUUAGAGCUGUUUGCCAGUCCAGAAAGACUCUUACCACUUAUGCAAGAUGAAACACUAUGGAAGAAGAUGUGCUAUAAUACAACUAUAUUCCAAAAUAUCUUCCCAUCAUUUAAAGAUAAAGUUUCUAUAAAACAUUUAUGUUCUCUGAUAACAAGUGUUGAUUUAGAAAAGCUCUUACUACAAAUAAAUCAAACACUACCUGGUUUCAGCAAUAUUAUGGAAUUGAUGAACUUUUUGAAAAAUUAUGAAAAGAAUUCUACAAUUCCAGUAGACUACCUGGGACGUGCAGCAUCUGAAAUUCAGUUUCAGAAAUUACUUGCACAACUGAUUGAGUAUCCUCCGAAAUUUACAUGGGGUGUCAGUGAAGAUGUUUUUGAGGAUGCAUUUAAAAGAUUUGAUGAAAAGUCCAUAAUCGAAUAUUUUACCAAAGCUGGAAUAAAGUACCUGAACCUUUCCCAACAAAUCGAUAUUUCCAAACUGCCAUCACAUUUAAGAAACAUGGUUCAAAGAGAGAGAGUAAAGGAUUAUAUUAUGUUCAAUCUCCUUGACUUCAUCACCCAGAAUAUACGGGCAUUAGAGGCAGAUCAAUACAAUUUAAAGAAAUAUCUCAACUCAUCACCAGAAUUAUCAGUAUUCUUGACUCUGGUUGAUAACUCUGAUACAGUAAUUGAGUUAAUUUCAUCAACUCUCAAAUCCAUAAUAACCAAUCCACUCAAGGUGUUACCUUUACUAGAUGAAGACAACUGGGAAAAGAUUUGCAUAAAUAAAACUGUUUUCAGGGUCAUGUUUGAUAUCUCCCACAAAAUGUCAGAUGCAGAUUUGUCCAGCCUUCAAACUGCUGCUUGUUCUGAAAUUUUCCAAAAUGUCAGUAUGAAAACCUUGAUGGCUGAACUCAAUAAAACCAUUCCUGGAUGGUCCAAUUUAGUAGCAAAGAUGAGUAUACAAUUUGAUGAUCCUAAUUUGAAAGUGGAUGUGGGUUCAGCCCAGAAGACCAUACUUUUUUACAUAGAAUGGACUUCAAACAUUGAAGAUGUUUUUAAGAAAUUCAAGACAGGUUUUAAUGAGUCUGGUUUAUCAACCUUGCCAUCAAUAUUUGAACGCAUUGCUAAAGAAUGGAAGGAACUUGAAGAAGAUGCUGAUAAGAUUAGUUUAUCAUCUAUAUUUCAACUGAUGAAAUUAUUAAACAGCUAUGUUGUAUUAACCCCAAACACCACACAAGGAAAGCAAUUACGCAUGAUAAGCAGAAAUUUGGUUAGUGUACAGUACCUACUUCGGUUUAUGAACAUACAUCUUAAAAAUAUAUCAGAAAGCAGGAAUUUUAAUGAAACAAGCUUAGCUCAAUCUCAUCAAGUACUAAAGUUGAUUGGUCAAUCAGGAAUGUCUCCAGAUUCUUUUGCAAUCAUUCUUAACACAACUUUGCAAAUAUUCAAAGAUCCAGUGAGGAUUUUCCAUUUGAUUGAAGAAGACAGCUGGACAAAUAUAUGCAACUUCACAAAUACAGAUGCAUUUAGGAAAAUGUUUGCCGUUGAUUGGAGCCAAAGCAUCUCUGAACAGCAGAAGAAAUUUUGUCAGGAAGUUAUUUUGCAAGUUGAUAUGGAUACUCUACAAAAAGACCUACUUUCUUUAGAAGGGUUUAAAGAAUUCUACCUUUCUAUAACUGACAAAUCUGAAGGUUCAAUGUUAGACCUGUCUUUAUUAAUGUCUGAGGCUAUGAAAAUGCAAAUGGUGAUGAUGGAAUUAAGUUCAAAACCUUUGACUUGGCUCUUUGGAAACAAUGAAAAUUUGCUGAACUCAUCAAAAAUCGUCUCUCUUUUAAAUAUGUGGAAACAACAACUGCAGUCGUUUACUAAUGGCAGUGUAACUGAAAUUUACAUGGUCCUGCCCUAUCUGAGUCCAUUCAUCAAACAAGCAAAAACAAUGCCUGAAUGGAAGCAGUUGAUAUCUGAACUUGUAUUUUAUUUAGAGACAUUAGACAAAAUGUUGCCUCAGCUUUCAAAUUUUGGACAGAACAUUUCUACUCUGUUGAUUAACAAACCUGAAUUGCAAAAAGCAGUACAAGUAUUGUUGGAGUCACCAGAAAUGUUAUCGAGUGUUGUAUAUAACAUGGCCUUGAACGAAUCUCAAAUUACCAAAGCAUUGAUGAGCAUAGCUGGCUCUCAAGACCCAACCAAAGCUAUUUGUCAAGCAAUGGCAACUAUCAAAAUGGCAUCUGUUCCAAAUUCAAAUUUUGACCUCAAUUCCUACUUACAGAAUAUUUGUUCCAUCAAUUUUCUAAAUCUAAAACAGGAAUUCAACCAGUUGUCAAAUGUACGAAAAAAGCGUGAUGCAUCAUCUGCAAAAGCCAUGGACCCCACCAAUCUCCUCAAUCUUGUUAAGUCAGUAUGGGAGAAAUUAUCUGUUUUGACCAAAUCUAACCAGACCAACUUUUGGGAGCCUUUGAACAAGUUAUUGAAAAAUCUGAUUUUACAAAGUUUUUUGUACGAUGAAAAUACAAAAGAGCAUAAAAACAUAUAUAAAAUUAUUUCUCAGAUAUAUGACUCAAUACCAAGUUUCACGAACCAUAGCCAAUCUCCAGUGCAAAGUGUUUUCACAAUGCUUUUAACAAUGAAUGCCACAAGCAUUAAUGAAAUGUAUACUAACUAUCUUGGAGAUGUCUGGAAAGAACGAAGUCUAGAAAAAAGUGUGCUGAAAGUAUUUGAAACUUUCUAUAAAAAUUAUUUUGAUGGUGCCAUGAACCCAUUAAUAAGAGAGUUGUUGAAAGAGAAAAACAUAAGUGUCUCUGGUGCUGACAACUACAUUAAGAAAGUAAUUGGUUUGUUGUGGGAACAGCAAUAUACCAAUAAGUCUAUUAGCCUCCCACCUCCAGCAUUCAAAAUAUGGCAGACAGUAUUGAGUGCAUUCAGUAACUUAACAAGGGAUGGAAAAUUUGUAAUCUCAAAUGGAAAUAGCAGUAUUCUUCAAAAGCAUCUCAUGGACAUGAUGGCUAAAGUACAAAACCAAUUUCAAUACACAGACAUGAGAAACUUCACAAUGCUUUUGUCUAAAGCAUAUAACAUCAGUGAUACAACAGUGGCAUUAUUAUUAAAUAAUACAGAUGUACUGUCAAAGAUUCUCAUGAUGGACUCAAAACUUCAGGAACAUUGUUACAAUGGAACAUUUAACAAGUUUUUAACCAAAGAAGCAUCAAAAUAUAAUAACAUACCAAGUGAAAUACUGAGUAUUAUCAAUUCCACAUUUUGCAGCAAUUUUGACUUUUACUCUGCCCUUGUCAAAUUGUAUGACUCUCAAUAUUUGGAAAAAAAGAUCAAUAGCUUCUUCAAUAACCAAAGUGGUGAAGAUUUUAUGAGGAAAAUUAUUUUAAAUCAAGUAAAAAAUUUGCAAGAUAUAAUUCCAAACUUGUUAGGUUUGCGAUCUAACAUAUCUGUCCCUGAAAUAAUGAACAGUUAUAUAGUCAGCAAUAAUAGUUUUGGUUACAUGCUUAUGAAGAUGUUCUCAGAUAUCCUACCAAUCACAACAGAUAAAAUUGAUAUUGCUGCAUUAAACACAACAGACAUGUGGAAAGUAACUUUAAACCAAUUUCUGGUGCAGUCAUCCUCCACUCAGUUGAUUUUGAAAAGCUUUCUCCAGACUGGAUACUUCGACAUGGAUUCAGUUGUUGCUGGACUAUUUAAACAAUUUGCUACGUUGUUUAAAAUACCACAUGAGUUCCAAUUCCAGCCAGAGAUUGGUUAUAUGCAGGAUGUUGUGAGGAACUUGAAUAAGAGGGAUGCUAUGAGUUCAAUUCUCAAUGAAACCCAUAUUUCCCAUAUCUGUCAUCAAAUUACAUCAAUGCCAUCAGAUUCACCAAUUUCAAAGAAUAUUAGAACAUACAUUCUUAUGAUAGAAGUGACUUUGGAGAUCUUUAACUAUCAAAACAAAAACUUUUCAGAAAUAGAAAACAUCAUAUGUGAUUCAUCUGAUAAAGCUGUUGUCAAUAUAAUUGACUUAGUCCAAAAAUCUGGCUUCUUAAAAUUGUUUUAUAAAGUGAGAUCUAUGAUGCUUAAAAAUGGAAAUGAAACUACUGACUGCAACCACCUUUCCAAAUUAGCCAGCAGUUUUCCUGAACAAUUCUAUAAACAAAUUCACUCACUGAACUCACCAAGCAAGGCAGUCAAAUGUUUACGCAGAAAAAUCCCAAAAUUCAUGCAGUUUAUCAGCCACAUGGAUUUGAUGCUGACAAUAACAGCAGAAAUGUUGGAUCUUGUACAAGAUCCUUUGUUUGAAUCUAUUGUGAACAACAAACAACUGACCGAGUUUAUAGCAGUUAUUUUGAACUCUAUUUUAGAACAAAGAACAGUUAUUGUCAAGCUGUCCCAACUAUUCAUAGACCCUAAACAAGCUGAAAUGUAUCUAAUGAACCAAACAACCCUUUCUCCUGAUAUUAUCAAGACCCUCUUUGAUUCUAGAAUUAAUAUGAAGCUGAUUGAGUUGAUGCAGAAAUCUCCACAAGACGUGCAGGAUUUGAUUUGUACACAUCGCAAUUUAUCUUUCUACAUCGAUUGGCCUGACAGUAAGGUAUCUUUGGAGAAUGUAACUGAGAUCCUAUGUAAGAAUUUGACAACAACAAUAUCUGGACUUAGUGUUUACUUAGAUUUUGUGACAAUUGCUAAAGAGUUAUCCCUUCUGAACCAAACAUUCCGUAUUGAAUUACCAUGGCUCAUGAAUGUCUCUCAAGAAAUGGCAGAUCUUCUUGAAAAUGUCCACAGACUUCUAGCACUGGAAGACUUCCUUUCAUCCUUUGACUUCAAUCAGUUAUCAAGAUUGAUUCCAAAUAUCCAACAAUUAGUUAUUGAUCAAGUUCCCCAAAAGAUUGUUUCAUCCAUUCUUCAUAUCCUUGAUGAUUUCAAGCGUGUCCAAAACACUUCCUUUUCACAAGAAUUCAUUGAUGAUAUAGAGAUUACAAUGAAAGGCAUUCUUGGUUUGGAAGCUGUUGACAGAAUCAUGGCACUUAGUGCUGUAUUCCGAAACUUCUUGAAAUCACCGGAUGUUGUACGAAACUAUUUGAUGAAUAACUUAAACUUACCACAUGAAAUCUCAGAUGCACUGAUUAAUUCCACAGUUUCUCUGGCUCAGUUCAUUAAUUUCCGAAGCAACAAUGUCAAAGAACUAAUGUGCAAGAACAUCAGCCGCAUUAUAACUUUGUCAAAUAACACCAAUGUUACAUACAGGGAAAUUAGUGAUCAUUUAUGUCAUCUAAACACUAAAACUAUCUACAACCUAACACAACUCAUCAUGGAACAAUUAAAUAUUGGUGAAUUUGUUAAACAGUAUGUCUUACUACGUGCUUCAACUUUGCUGAAAUCAACCAACAUAACAGUACCCGUUGCAAAAGAAACAUUUAAAGACAUGUCCAGGACCAGCGCACUUGUAAGAGGAGUUGGAACAGCAUUCAAUGAUAAUGAAAUAUAUAAAAUAUUCUCUAACUUUGACUCAUCUAAAGGCGAUAUGAGCAUGUUUAAAGAGCUUGUACCAGUUAUCUGUGGUCGAAAUGCUUCUCUUAUGUUGGAUGCCGGGGGUGGCCUCAGCAUUUUCAGUACAGCAAAUGAAAUCAAAGGAAAAGAUGGACUCAGUAAAUCACAACGGCGUGAAUACAACUCUCUACCAAACCAAUUUUGUAAGCAGUUAUACAAAGGAAUACUGAAAUCAAACAUGGGAGAAAUAACAUGGAAGUUUUUAAAACCCUUGAUCAGAGGCCAGAUUCUAUACACUCCUAAAAACAAGGUUACAAGUGCCAUCAUUGGAAAAAUGGAGAAGUUUUUCGCUUUCAUCGGUCAACUUCAGAACAUGAGUCAAGAAUGGGCUACAGGUUUACAAGAUGUCUCUGCAAUCCGAGCCAAACUACAGAAUCUAACUGACAUAAUGAAAUACACUGAAACUGAAUUUUUCAAAGACAUGUUGCAUGAUAUGUUUGAUGUAGAAAAGUCAGCACUAAUUGACAGCAUCCACAUGCUUAACUCAAUGGAUGAUAAAACUCUUGGUAAUCUGCGGUUGCUCCUCUCCAAUGUAGUUAAUUAUUCUUCCUGUCUAUCAAAUGACAGAUUCAAAAGUGUGUCAUUUGAUGAACUUGAGAAAGAGGCCUUAAAUCUAAGCAAAAGCAAUGAAUUUCUUGCAGCAAUUAUAUUCCUGGAUACUGAAGAAAUGGAAGAUGAAGAAAAUAGGAGAUCAAAGAGAGAAACUAAACCCAAAAUUCCAAAACACAUAAAAUAUGAAAUACGAAUGAAUGUUGAUUAUAUACCAAUGACUAGAAAACUGAGAGAACAAUACUGGAGGCCUCGUCCAGAAGACAAUUUAGCAACUGAAAUGAAAUAUCUGCAAGGAUUUAUCCAGCUCCAAGAUAUGAUUGACAAAGCAAUUAUAGAGAGUCAUAUGGAAGAAUUUGGAGCCAAUGUUAGCAUACCUGGAGUUCAUUUGAAGCAAUUCCCUUACCCCUGUCACAUGAAGGACGAAUAUCUGCAUAUUGUCAGUAGCUAUUUGCUACCCAUCAUGAUGACUCUGGCUUGGCUGGCAUCACUUGGCUUAGGUAUACGUAAUAUUGUACAAGAUCGAGCUGAAGGACAAGAAGAAGCAUUACGUGUUAUGGGAAUGUAUGGAAUCAUCAGCUGGCUAGCAUGGAUGAUUUCUACAAUGAUCAUUAUGGCUCUAGUGUGCAUCGUUGUCAUCUUCAUUCUGCACUUUAGUACCAUAUUUAUAUUCAGCAACAUACUUCUUAUGUUCCUCUAUUUCCUUACCUUCUGCUUUUCAACAGUCAUGAUGUGUUAUAUGGUCAGUUCAUUCUUCAGCAAUACAACUUUGGCAGUUCUCACUGGACUUAUCUUUUACUUGCUUUCUUAUAUUCCAUACAUUGUUCUACAGUCUCUAAAAAUAGAACUGAGCUUUUACCAAGUAUUACUGGUUUGUCUGUCCUCUACAACAGCCUUUAGUUUUGGCUCUCAGUACUUAUCAAGAUAUGAAGAACAAAUGGUUGGUCUUCAAUGGAAAAACAUUCAUGAAAGUCCAAUGGAAGGAGAUGAUCUAAGUUUCUCAUUUGCAUGCACCAUGAUGGCAAUUGACAGUUUAAUCUAUUUUAUAAUUGGCUGGUACGUCAAAAGCAUCAAGAAAAAGAAGUAUGGCAUUCCUAAACCAUGGUACUUUCCUUUCUUCCCAAAAUACUGGGGUCUUGGAGGGGCCAACUCUUUGAAGCAUUACUCUUCAUCUACAACUGCACCUGACACAUUCUAUUCCUCGGAUGUACUUUAUGAAAACCGUCCUGCAAAAGGACCUGUUGGCAUCUCUUUGAUGAAUUUGUCUAAAAGAUAUGGUAUUGAAACAGCAGUGCAGAAUUUAUCCCUUAAAUUUCACAAAGGUGAGAUAACAACAAUUCUCGGACAAAAUGGAGCUGGAAAAACUACAACAUUUAAUAUGCUAACUGGCUUGAUGGAGUCAACAACUGGUAUUGUAGCAUUCUAUGACUCCGAGAAAGGAAAAAAGAAUAGUUGGCUUGGCAUCUGUCCUCAACAAAAUAUUUUGUUCGAGUACAUGACAACAGAAGAACACAUCCGAUUCUACACCAGUAUUAAAACAGGAUGGCAGGGAAAGAAAUUAGAGAGAGAAGUUCGCUCUAUUUUGAAAGAUGUUGAUCUCCUACAUAUGCGUAAUACACCUGCAAAACAACUCUCUGGUGGAAUGCAAAGACGUCUCUGUGUGGCUUUAGCAUUUGCUGGCAAAUCUAGUAUUGUUGUUCUUGAUGAACCUACAGCUGGUGUAGAUCCAAGUGCAAGACGAAGCAUCUGGGACCUCAUUCUUAAAUAUAAGAAUGACCGAACAGUGAUUAUGUCAACACAUCACUUGGAUGAAGCUGACAUUCUUAGUGACAGAGUUGCUAUUCUUCACAAAGGAAAAUUACUUUGUUGUGGAUCUACACUAUUCUUGAAAAGACAUCUUGGAAAAGGCUAUUGCUUAUCACUCGUGAAAAAUACACCACCACUUUCCGGUUCUGCAAAUUCACUUACAGCAAGUAGUUCCUUUGACACUCAAAAAACACUAGAUUUUAUUUCCAAAUAUAUCCCGGGAUCUGAAAUCUCUGAAAACUUCAGUGAAGAAGCAACUGUUCUUUUGCCUGCAGAUGAAAACAUAAGAGGAAACUUCUCUGCUUUCUUUGAAGAUUUUGAUGACAACCUCAAUAAACUUGGAAUUAAAAGCUAUGGCAUAUCUGACACAACUUUAGAAGAGGUGUUCCUGCAAGCACGUGAACUCUCUAAUGCAGGCUUACCAAUGACUCCUGAAAACAUGAAGUCUACAUUGCUGGAUGAUACUAAAAUGUCUGCAAGAUCUGAAAGUCAUCAGAGUUUAGAUUCCCAAGACAUAAAUGAAUUUAACUCAGUUAUGGACAUUUCAUCAAAAGUGAGCUAUGAACCAAGUAAUUUUAUAGCCUUCCUUACUUUGAUUCAAAAACGUGCCAGUCACUACCGACGCAACUGGAAGAUGGCUAUCUCUGUGAUUUUGCUCCCUUGUAUUUUCUUUGCAAUGGCUGUUGGCUUUUCCAAAAUAACACCCAAAAAUGAUUCCAAACGUCUCCGUCUUUCCCCUGCAUUAUAUGGACCAAACUCUUACAUGUUUUACAAAGAUGAAGUGGGUGAUUCAUAUGGAAAAGAUUUACUAAAGUGGAUCAGUCAUUCACCUGGUGUUGGUACAACAUGUAUGUCAGACACUGCUUCAAAUCUUGAAAAACCAUUUGAAUGUAAACCAGCAGAGACAGUUUUCGAAAGACCCAAAUAUCAGAAAGACCUAAUGAACAAAACUGAAAAAUGUGAAUGUGAAAACUACCGGUUCAAAUGUCCUAAGUAUGCUUCUGGUAUUCCACCAACUCAACUACAACUAAACUCAACAGAUUUUCUUCAAAACCUGAACUCAAAGUCAAUGCCAGUCUCAGAGUACCUAUUAGAAAGCUACAUGAAAUUCAUCAAGAAAAGGUAUGGUGGAUGGACUUAUGAAAGAAAUAGCAACAGCAAAGAUACGAAACAGGUAACUGUGUGGUUCAACAAUAAAGGUCAUCAUUCAAUGCCCGCUUUUCUUAAUGGUUACUCUAAUGCAAUCCUGAGAACAGAAGUAGCAAGGAACAAGUUUGGAAACCCAGAAGAAUAUGGAAUUUCAGUUUUUAACAACCCAAUCCAAUUGUCAGUCAGUACUUUGAAUGAGGAAUCUAUUUUAUUCCAUGCUUCUGAGACAGCCAUCAGUUUGAUUAUCCUACUGGCAAUUAGCUUUAUCCCAGCUGCUUUCAGCAUUUAUUUAGUCAAAGAAAAUGUCAGCUCAGAGAAAUACCUAUUUAUUAUAAGUGGAGUGAAAACUCCUAUCUAUUGGAUGUCUGCAUUCAUCUGGGACUUAAUGGUAUACUGUCUUUCCUUGAUAAUAAUUGUCAUUAUUCUGGCUAUAUUCAAACUGGACAGUUUCUGGAUGCGAGACAAUUUUUCUGCUACUAUUCUUUUAAUUUUCUUAUUUGGAUGGGCUUCCAUACCACUUAUGUACACGUCAGUAAGCUUCUUCAAAGAUCCCACGACAUCGUAUAUGAUUGUUUUCUGUUUUAACAUAUUUUCUGGAUUGUGCACAAGUGUAUGUGUGUUCCUCUUAAGUCUAUUCCAAGGCACACAGGUAUUACAGAACGCUUACCAGAUAUGUAAAUAUGUAUUCUUGAUCUUCCCACAAUUCUCUCUCAGUUAUGGAUUAGUUUCAUUGGGAAACAACCAGCUUCAAACAAGUAUUUUUGCUCACUUUGGAAUGGAUGUAUAUCAAAAUCCAUUUGAAAUGCUGCAUUGGCACAUUAUCUCAUUACUCAUUUGUGGAAUAGUCUUCUUCCUCAUUACCUUAUUCUUAGAAACUCAUAACUAUUGUACACGAAGAGAUAAAACUAUACACACAAGUAUAAUCAAGGAAGACGAAGAUGUACAGCAUGAAAGAAUGCGUGUUGAGAAAAAUAUUGAAAAGCAGGAAAAUUCUAUUUCUAUCUUGAGACUUACAAAAAUGUACCGACAAGGUUUAGAAAGGAUAUUAGCAGUGAACCAGAUUUCUCUUGGAAUAAAGGAAGGAGAGUGUUUUGGACUGCUUGGAGUCAACGGAGCUGGAAAGACAACUACAUUCAAAAUACUGGCAGGACAACUUUCAUCAACAUCUGGAGAUGUUUUCAUUAAAGAUGAAAGUUUAUCCAAGAACAAAAGAAAUGCUAGAAAACUCAUGGGUUACUGCCCACAAGAAGAUGCUCUUGAUUAUUUCUUAACUGGACGAGAACUGCUGUGGUACCAUGCUAGAAUCAGGGGGAUACCAAAAUCAGAAAUAAAUGCUAUUCUCUGCCAAUUGAUAAAUACAUUAAAUCUGGAAAAUUGUGCCAACAAAUUGAUAGGCACUUAUAGUGGUGGAAUGAAGCGGAAAUUGUCCUUUGCUGUUGCAUUGCUGGGAGAGCCACCAAUAGUACUUCUGGAUGAACCAACAGCUGGCAUGGAUCCUGCUGCAAAACGUUUAGUUUGGAACUGUAUCCUUAAAGCAACUGGCAAAGGACAAUCAGUGGUCCUAACAUCUCACAGCAUGCAAGAAUGUGAUGUACUCUGCAACAGGUUGUGUAUCAUGGUCAAUGGACAAUUCAAAUGCAUUGGCAGUCCUCAACACCUCAAGAACAAAUUCAGUAAAGGAUAUUCAUUAAGCAUCAACCUAAAAGAGAUCUUGUCAGAUUCUUCCAAUCUUGAUAAAUAUGUGUUUGAAAAUUUCCCUGGCUCAGAAAAGAAGGAUAGUCACAAUACUACCCUGCAAUACUCUAUCCCUAAGAACACUUCUAAGGUUGCAAGUAUAUUUGAAGUACUGGAAAAAGGAAAGAAUCUCUUUGCUAUUCAAGAUUAUGCUGUAUCACAAACAACAUUGGAUAUGGUCUUUCUGGGUUUUGCAAAGGAGCAAACAGAUGGUUUUGUUGAUGAAAUUGAUGAGGAAGACUAUCCAGCAUAUGCAUAUGACCACAAAGCUUUUAGCCUUGAACCUGAGAUGUUAUACAGUGAUCCAAAGCUAAAAUACACCCAGACUUCUAAUUUAUAAGAAAAACUUCAUUUUAAAUAAUAUUUCUUUUAUUGGCUUUAUACUAUUUCCAUUUUCUUUUCUUAAAAUAUUUCAAGAUACAUCAAAGGAGUAGAAAACAAAAAUUGCCUCCUGUGAUAACUAUACAAAUAACAUAUUCUAAGUUUUCAACUAAUAGAUCUUUUCUCUCAGAACAUUCAGAAAGCAGAUUUGUUAAUAUUAUCUCAAUAAUGGUUAUGUGAGUGCCAAAAAAAAAAGCGCUAAGGUAAACUCACUGUGUGUUUAUGUUUCAACCUUGUAACCAUAUAACUUCUGUCACAUCAUUGAUGUCAUUAACAUCACACAAAUUCAUUUCCCUAUGGGUUUCAGACCUGAUGCCUAUCUAAAAAAAAAAGAAUAGAUAUCUAAGCUAUACAACUGUUGUUUUGCUGUGAUUUCUCUCACUUACUGAAUUAACAGAAAUUAAUUGGAUCUACAGUACAAUCAUCAUUAAAUAUUUGCAUGAUUUGUUCUGCUUUGUAUCCAAACUAUUUAUCAUAAAAAUACCUUAAAAGAGAUAAUAAUUUUAUAAAAACUAACUGGUGUGUUUAGACCAUUUUUUUUACGCCCAUUUUCUUAAAAGCAAAAAAGAAUUUAAAGAUAUUUUUUUAAUUUUCCCAAUGAAAGAUAAGAUGGUAAUAAGGACAUUAACAGAACAAUGAGAAGACCAAGUUGUUGUAGGAAUAUCUCUUCCAUUUCUUUGACUGUAUCUGUAAGUUAAAGAUCAACUGAGUAAAAUGUGUAAAUAUAUCCCUAAUACUUCCUAAAAAUCUAAAGAAUUCUUUCUUGGUAAAAUAUAACCAUAUGAAGCUCAACUAAUUGGCAAAAUCAGUUUUAAAUUGUUGUUGUUAUUUAUUAUUAUCAUUAUUGAUUUCUUUAUAAUAUUAACAAAUAAAUAAACCAUUAUUGUUAUCAUUAUUAUUAUUUUUAUUAUUAUUAUUAUUAUUAUUAUUAUUAUUAUUAUUAUUAUUAUUAUUAUUAUUAUUAUUAUUAUUAUUAUUGUUAUUAUAUUAGAGUGAUGAACUGACAAGAACUAAAGUAACAAAUAAGAUACCUUCAAGUACUUUAGUUCAUUCCUCUACAUUCUAAGUUCAAGUCCCUCCGGUGUCAUAUUUUGCUUCCUUCCUUCCAGGCCAAUAAUUAGUAUAUUAGUCCACUGUACUUCUUCAAUAGAAAUCGGUCUUCAAUCAGUAUAUCACCAUUAAUAUUUUUUACUUCAGUUAUGCCCCUUUAUAUAAUUAAAUAACCUAGACUCCUACAGUAUUUCAUUAUUUCUCUUUUACAUUCUAUUAUAUCCCACUGGAGUCAGCUUUCCCUUUCAUCCUUCCAAGGUUGAUAAAAAUAAAAUAUUUGUACUGCAGUUUAUUUAAUCAACUAACACUUCCCACUAAGUAUGUGACCCUGUGCUUAUGCUAAAAAUCAUUAUUAUUAUCAUCAUUGCUAUUAUUAUUAUUAUUAUUAUUAUUAUUAUAUGGCGGCAAUUUGGUAGAAUCGUUACCAUGCCAGGCAAAAUGCUGAGCAGUGUUUCAUCCAUCUUUACAUUCUUAGUUCAAAUUCCACCAUGGCUGACUUCACCUUUCAUUCCUUAGUGGGUUGAUAAAAUUAGUACCAGCUGAGUACUGGGGUCAAUGUAAUCAACUUGCCCCAAAACUUCAGGCCUUUGCCUAUAGUAGAAAAGAUUAUUAUUAUUAUUAUUAUUAUUAUUAUUAUUAUUAUUAUUAUUAUUAUGAUUAUUAUUAUUAUUAUCAAGCCUUAUUUGCAGACUAUUGCUUAUUGAAUAAGAUAUAAUCAAAGGUAUAGAUAUAAACCUUACACACACACACAUACACACACACAAAUUCCAUGCACAUACUUAUACAGAUAUGGAAACAUUAAUUGCUGCACAAAUACUCACAUACUUAAACAUACAUACUAUAAUUUCUCCUCAUCCAUAGAAAGAUUUUCAUAAUUUUUUUUUUUACACAUUUUUCUUUGUUAUCACUUGUAUCAUUCCUUUUCUUUUGGAUGUACUCCUCAGGUAGCAUUUGAUUGAAUUUAAUCUUUAUUAGUUUCAAGUUUAAUAUUUUAAUUUUAAAAAAUACAAGCUCAAUUAAUAAAAUUAACAAAUUGAUUUGAUUUUUACUUUGAAACAACUUGUAACAUGUCUAAAGAAAUCACAUAAAACAAAAGUGAAAUGAUUCUGAUUAUUAUUAUUAUUAUUAUUAUUAUUAUUAUUAUUAUAUAUUAUUAUUAUUAUUAUACAACAUAUAUUUUUACAAAAAGUACACUUUGAUUCUUGUUUUUUUUUUAUUAUAUGCGUGUUGAAUAAGUUUGUAUAAAUUAUGUAUGAUGAAAAUGAAGUAGGCUGCAGAAGUAUACAAGAGUGGUUGAAUUAUCAAAAAUGUCACAUUUAGCAGAACAAAAUACAUUUAAUUAACUAAAAAACAUUAUAGUUUUCUAAAUAAUGCUAGAGCAUUAAAUUUGAAACACUCUGGUCAAAAUUUGAACUGGCCCUUAUAUAUUUUGAACCUCAUAAAACACAGCAUGCUAUACAAGCUCAUCCAAUAAGAGUCAUGAAACUUGCAGCAGCUUGCAUUUAGAUUCUCUCUAUAUCAAAUAUAUAUAUAUCUAUGUAUAUAUAAGGGUCAAUAAUUUCUGCUAACAGAAAUGGCACUGUGCCAAAGAGAGCAUUCAAAACUAAAUGCGAAAUUAUUAAGUGAAAUUUCCUCUUUUUUUUUUUUUUUCUGCUUCUGAAUUUGAUAUUGCUUAACAUUGGUUGUAAUACCACACAGACAUUUUAACUCAAAUCUAACCAUAUUCUUUGUGAGUUUCUCUAUUAAAUCACUGAAAUUCACUAAAAUAUAUAUAUAUAUAUAUAUAUAUAUAUAUAAUUAUGAAAGCUUUGUUCUGUUAAAGGUUCACAAUAUGAAGCUUUGAAGAGAUCAGUAAAGAUGCUUUUUAUGUAAAAAUCGUCAUACAUUGCCUUACAUUGUCCAGCUGAAUCAAUGCAAUUUCUAAAAGAACUGAUAAUUCUUUAUAUUUUCAUACAAAAAUCUAUGGGUCAACUGCAUAUUUUUAUUGUUUACUUUGAAAUAAAUCCUUGUUUUUUUUAAACAUAAA